CGUGAUCCCCGAAGCUUUCUUCCUGCUAUUAGGCACAGCGGGGCAGCCCCGCCGCAUCUGCUGCAGGCAUGGCGGGCACGGCGGGCGCGCUGCUCCUGCUCCUGGCCGCCGGUUUGGGCGCUGCCCUGUGGCCGCAGCCGCAGUGGCUCCUCCAGGACCCUCAAAGCCGAUGCCGGCUCAGCUCCCGGCAGUUCCGAUUCUCCUAUGCCAACGGCUCGGCCGUGGCGCCCGGCUGCGAAGUGCUGGACGGGGCGUUCCAACGUUACUGGCAGCUGCUUUUCCCGCCCGGGCACAAGGAGCCAUCAGGGAGCAAUGUGGAGAACCUGUGUCCUAACCUUCUCGUCUCCGUGGCCCAAGCAGGAUGCAGCGGCUAUCCCACCCUUGAAUCUCCAGAGAACUACAAGCUCAGCAUUUCAGUGGAUCUGAUGCUACUCACAGCCCCCAAUAUCUGGGGUGCCCUCAGAGGAUUGGAGACCUUCAGCCAGCUUUCCUGGAAGGACGAAGUUGGGACAUUCUACCUCAACAAGACCGUUGUGAUUGAUUUCCCUCGCUUCCCUCACCGAGGUCUGCUCCUUGACACAUCUCGCCAUUUUCUGCCUUUGAGAGCCAUCCUGGAGACCCUGGAUGCCAUGGCGUACAACAAAUUUAACGUGUUCCACUGGCACAUUGUGGAUGACCCGUCGUUUCCGUUUGAAAGCCUGGUCUUCCCAGAUCUCAGCUUGAAGGGAUCCUAUAACUCAGCCACUCACGUAUACACUCCUAACGAUGUGAAAAUGGUGAUUGAAUACGCCAGGCUGCGUGGAAUUCGAGUGAUUCCAGAAUUUGACACCCCUGGACAUACUCUGUCUUGGGGACCAGGUAAGAACUGUCUUGGGAUGAGAAAGCAGGUUUGUAAGGAUUCUAAGCUGAUGACACUUUUAACUCCGCCUUCCAGCUCAGCCUGUUCUUCUCCUACAGUUUUCCUCUCAGUAUUGUCGAUAUUGGAGCCCACUCACAACCACACAUCCUUUGUUAAUGCACAUAAACCUCCUGUAGAUGCCUUCUCCUGGACUUCAGUCCCUGUUCUCUGUUUUUUCCAGGUGAACCCUAAUACAGUGAUACACGUGUGGAAAGGGAACUUUCAACAGGAGAUGUCUCGUGUCACGAAGGCUGGUUUCCGGGCCCUUCUGUCCUCUCCUUGGUACUUGAACUUCAUCUCUUACGGGCAGGAUUGGUUGGAAGCAUAUCGGGUGGAACCCCUGGCCUUCGAAGGCAGCGCAGAACAAAAAACACUGGUUAUUGGUGGAGAAGCCUGUAUGUGGGGCGAAUACGUGGAUGCAACUAAUUUAACCCCCAGGCUGUGGCCCAGAGCUGGGGCUGUUGCUGAGCGUCUGUGGAGCAACCAGACAGUUCGAAACCAGGAAGAUGCUUAUGAGCGCUUGUCCGAUUUCCGAUGCACCUUGCUCAGGCGAGGUAUCCGGGCCGAGCCCCUUUAUACAGGAUAUUGUGAAUUUGAUGCACUGUGAUUUUACAAUCCCCUCCUUCUUCCUUCCCCCACCCCCCCCCCCCCCAAAUAUCUGUAUUGUUUUAAUAUGUGUGGAAAGAAGCACAUUUAAAACUGUCAUCCGGGUCCUCAUUUAUUUAUUUUUUAAUGGAACAAAUUGAUGCUCAAGAAAAAAAGAAAACUUUGGUGG